GGCUCUGCCUCACCUGGGAUGUCACUCGUGUUGUUGACUUGAGCUAUUAGCCCCACUGGGCCGCAGCCGGUCCCUUCUCGUCUGCCGCCCUCCUCUCAGAGUCUCACCCUUCCUCCGAAGCUCCUCGUUCUCUCCGCACCAAAUAGCCGGGCUUCGACUCGCACCAGCCCCUGUCGUCUGCAACCGUCGAUGGAGGUCAAAGUGAACCCUGUCUAUACACGGUCCCGUCUCGCCCGCUGGAGAGAUGCGCUCGUCUUCCCCACAUCCGUCUGCUGCUGUAUCCCGGUCCGGAUAGGCUUCCUAAUCAUGACAUUCCUUACCAUCCUUUUUGCAUUCGGCCUCUCUAUCGUCAUAUGGUUCGAGGUUUUUAAGAGCUCUAAUCCUCUUGAUGGGCCGACAGAGCGCAAGGCUUUCAUCUGUGCUGGCAUAUUGGAAUCAUCUCUUGCUCUUGCAGCCGUUGCAGGGUUCGUCGGCGCUGUCACUCGGCAAUACAAAUCCGUCUUGAUAUACACGUACUUCAUCUACGUUCACUUCUUUCUCAACAUCAUCAUCGGCAUAUGGUUUCUCGUUGCCAUUCGCCAAAGCAACCGUGACAUGUUUACUCAGGAAUGCGAUCACUUCGUCGACGAGAACAAUGACGAAACCUGUUCCAAACUAGCCGCCAUGUCAGAAGGGGUGUUUGUCGCUGUAACAGCAUGUGUUUUGCUUCUUGAACUCUACGGCGUUCUGAUAGCAUCGGGUUAUCGACGGCACCUACACGAGCAGAAAGAGAACCUCCGGCAGCAACGCCUGGGGUAUUACCACGCGAUGGGAACACCCGCACCUCUCCCCAAGCAUUCGCGCAGUGGCAGCACCCAGUCCGAAAACGCGCUACUCCACCCGACUAUGUCGCGUGAUAGCUCAUAUGUUUACGAGGAUCCCUAUGAAGAGAAUAACAUCAUGGAUAUUCGGCCAUUGUCUACAACAGACUAUCAACCCGUAUCAACCCAAAUUGAUCCUGAAGAUUUAAACGGGCGUAGUAUAGGCUACGGUCACACACCCGAGACGUCUUCUUCAUCGAGCGUCUCGACACGACGCAUGCGCUCACUUCCGCCGCUCCCUAGCUUAAACUCGAAUCCCAGAUCAAAUCCGAGCUCGGACCCGCUCCAGUCGGUGCGGCAGACGGAGUGGGCCAACGAGAAGGCACGACAACUCGACGGCCGUCCACGUCCACUUCCUCGCCGGGGCGAGUCAAGCUAUACCCGUCCGCCUGCGAAUCCCCCUCCACCGCUUGACGUCGACGUCGACUAUUCACGAGAUGAGAUAAGCACGGCGGUGUCGACGCAUGUGCAUUCUGCGCUUCUGGACCAUGCUGCAGUGAUGCAAGGAGCUUUCCGGCCUGUUUUUGUUCCCUCUCCUCGCGACCGAGCUCGGGGACGGACACUUGCAGGAGAUGAGCCACCACCGUACCGACAGAUGUCACGGCGGGCUCCAUAGUCUUCUUGCUUCCCUUGCUCAAUUUACCCGAUCUUAUCUGUACUCAAGUACUCACUCCUGUAUCCUCUUCAUAUUUGGACGUUUUACUAAGGUUUACGAUACGCUAUCGCAGCAGUCAAGUGCAUGUACAGUGUUUUGCUUACAAGCAAUAUUAUGGGACAAUUUG